UCCACCAACACGGACUCGAACAAGACGAGACAGAGAGCAAAGGUUGCUGAAACUGCCAGGCGGCAUCUCGCCGUUGCUCUCAUAGACAGAGGGGAACCUAACGGGAAAAUGUCUGCAGAGCGGUGGCGGUUGACCCAUAGUAAGCUGGUCGACGCACUGUUUGUCAGGAUGGAGAAUGUCCCAGACAGUCAAAUGCCUACAUUCGAAGGCACUGGCUGGAUGAAUGGUGUCAAGAUCCUGACAUGCAAGGACGACCCAACAUUGCAGUGGCUGCAAGCGACCGUACCCAAACUGGACGGACUGUGGGAGGGGGCCAAUCUGGACGUGGUGGACAGGAAUAAUAUUCCGUCCAUGCCGAAGGCGAAAGUCCUUUUCCCAAUAGUUGUUCAGGGAGAGCGGGCGCUUCAGCGGCUUAAAAAGCAGAACCCGGCCAUACCGACGAGUGAUUGGUCCGUGCUGAAGGUUGAUGAACCUUUACCCAGUGGUGGGCAGCACGUGAUCAUUCAGAUCAAUAAGGAGGCCGAGGAUCUGCUAUACAAGCGCAAUGGGAAGAUGGCGUGGGGCUUAGGGAGCGUGUACCUUCGCCUCAAAAAACGUCAUCCCAACGACGAGGACACACACACGCUGAGGUCAGGGGAGGUUGAGGCAGAUCGCGGUCUUGAGAGCGUGACCGACGCCACCCAGUACCUCAGCUUGACUGACAAGACGGAGGAGGUGAGGGAGGAACUGUCCAUGCAGACGGGCCCCCCCGCGAGUUUGCUAACCUCUAACUCAACCUCCAUAAAUCCAAAACGGCUUCGGCGGAGCUACUCCUUGCCCUGGAGGAAGUGUCCGCCUACGCGGCUUUGGUCCAAGAACCGUGGAUAGCGUCGGAAUACGGUGGCUGGGCUGAAGUCGCCUAACAAUGAUUUGUACGUCCCGACAUUGCAAUGACGAUCUAACCGUGGUGGUGCUGGAGAGCCGUGAAGGAUGUUUGCUGCUGGCAUCCUGCUAUAUGGCCCACGACAAGCCGGCUCCACCUGACGAGCUGCGGAGACUGGUGGACAUGGUCUGCUCCUCCAAUACGCAUAUUAUAAUCGGAACGGACGCCAACGCCCACCAUAGCGUCUGGGGAAGUCCCGACAUUAACGACAGGGUUGGACCACGCCUUCCUUCCCGCCCACCUUACCAUAAGGUUAAAAAUUUCGAAUUUUGUCUACAAAUUUGUUUUAAAAUUUAAAUUCAUUGCGCUCGUAACUUGCAACACUAACCGAUUGUCAUGAAACCUUAACGAAGUCAGUCACAAAUAAAAUUUCGUACAU